CCGCCCCCUUCUGAGACAGGAUGACCUGGCAAGAGUCCCGCGAGCUACUUCCUUCUUCCUCUCUCAUUGGCCCAGCCUGGCUGCCAUUCGGGUGCGAGAAGGAGAAGUUGCUUACUGAUUGGUGGAUUCCGUUUGGCGCCAACUAGGAAAGGGGGGCGGGGCAGCAGCCGCCCCCACUGAGCUGCUAUUAGAGGGAAAGGCCCGCUUGGCUGCGACAGUCUGAGGAAGAGGUGGAGGUUAGCUCAGUUAUCUGCUACCCGGAGCUGGGCAAGCGGGUAGGAGGACAGCGAAGACAGUGUGAGCCCGGGCCGUUGCCUUGAGGCUCCCGUCCGCCUUCUCUUGCUGAUCCGCCGCGUUUGUUUGGAUUUAAUCUUCAGGUUGCCGGCGCCCGCCCGCUGGCCUCGCGGAGUGAGAGAGAAGCACCCGUGCUUGUGGCUGGCGCCUGGAGGGUCCGCACACCCGCCCGGCCGCGCAGCUUGCCCGAGGCAGCCGCGUCCCUGAACCGCGGAGCUGUGUUUGUGUUUGACCCGCGGUCGCCGGCGGCGCGCGGCGGAGGCCGGUGUCGGUGUCGGCGGGGCGGGGCAGGCGCGGCGGAGGCGGAGGAAGAGGCAGCGGGAGCCCUGCGAGGCCGGGCGCCGCCAUGGAACUGGGUCCGGAGCCCCCGCACCGCCGCCGCCUGCUCUUCGCCUGCAGCCCCCCUCCCGCGCCGCAGCCCGUCGUGAAGGCGCUAUUUGGCGCACCCGCCACCGGGGGACUGUCGCCUGUCACCAACCUGACCGUCACUAUGGACCAGCUGCAGGGGCUAGGCAGUGAUUAUGAGCAACCACUGGAGGUAAAAAACAACAGCAAUCUGCAGAGAAUGGGCUCCUCCGAGUCAACAGAUUCAGGAUUCUGUCUAGAUUCUCCUGGGCCCUUGGACAGUAAAGAAAACCUUGGAAAUCCCAUGAGAAGAAUAAAUUCCCUACCUCAGAAGCUCUUGGGAUGUAGCCCAGCUCUGAAGAGGAGCCAUUCUGAUUCUCUUGACCAUGACAUCUUUCAGCUCAUCGACCCAGAUGAGAACAAGGAAAAUGAAGCCUUUGAGUUUAAGAAGCCAGUAAGACCUGUAUCUCGUGGCUGCCUGCAUUCUCAUGGACUCCAGGAGGGUAAAGACCUCUUCACACAGAGGCAGAAUUCUGCCCCAGCUCGGAUGGUAUGUGCUCUGGCUCUCAUAGAGGAAUUACUGACAGGAAGAAAUGAGGAGGAGACCCCUUCGUGCAUGGCAAGCCUCUGGACAGCUCCUCUUGUCAUGAGAACUACAAACCUUGACAACCGAUGCAAGCUGUUUGACUCUGCUUCCCUGUGUAGCUCCGGCACUCGGUCAGUGUUGAAGAGAUCAGAACGAUCUCAAGAGGAGUCUCCACCUGGAAAUACGAAGCGGAGGAAGAGCAUGUCUGGGGCCAGCCCUAAAGAGGCAGCUAGUCCAGAGAAGGCCCACGAGACUCUACAUCGGUCUUUAUCCCUGGCAUCUUCCCCCAAAGGAACCAUUGAGAACAUUUUGGACAAUGACCCAAGGGACCUUAUAGGAGACUUCUCCAAGGGUUAUCUCUUUCAUACAGUUGCUGGGAAACAUCAGGAUUUAAAAUACAUCUCUCCCGAAAUUAUGGCAUCUGUUUUGAAUGGCAAGUUUGCCAACCUCAUUAAAGAGUUUGUUAUCAUUGACUGUCGAUACCCAUAUGAAUACGAGGGAGGCCACAUCAAGGGUGCGGUGAACUUGCACAUGGAAGAAGAGGUUGAAGACUUCUUACUGAAGAAGCCCAUUGUACCUACUGAUGGCAAGCGUGUCAUCGUUGUGUUUCACUGCGAGUUUUCUUCUGAGAGAGGUCCCCGCAUGUGCCGGUAUGUGAGAGAGAGAGAUCGCCUGGGUAAUGAAUACCCCAAACUCCACUACCCUGAGCUGUACGUCCUGAAGGGGGGAUACAAGGAGUUCUUCAUGAAAUGCCAGUCUUACUGUGAGCCCCCCAGCUAUCGGCCCAUGCACCACGAGGACUUUAAAGAAGACCUGAAGAAGUUCCGCACCAAGAGCCGGACCUGGGCAGGGGAGAAGAGCAAGAGGGAGAUGUACAGUCGUCUGAAGAAGCUCUGAGGGUGGCUGGGCCACCCAGCAGCAGCCCGAGCUUCCCUCCGUCCCCCUUUGCUGCAGAGGAACUUGAGCAAAGGGGCCAGCUGUGUGACAUUUGGAGAGGGGGCCUGGGACUUCCACGCCUUAACCUACCUCCCACACUCCCAAGGUUGGAGCCCAGGGCAUACUGCUGGCUACGCCUCUUCUCUCCCUGUUAGACAUCCUCCGUCCAUAUCAGACUCUGCCACAACGUACCGUGUCAAGCCGCUCUGAGCCACAGUGGGAUGAAGCAUCUGAGGCCGUAUUGGGCUCCAGCCUUCUCAUGAGGGGAGAGGAGACGGAGGGGAGUAGAGACGUUACACAGACAGAAAUGCUGUUGGCCAAAUAGCAAAGACAACCUGGGAGGACAAGGCCUUUGGGAUAAUCCGUAUCUUUAAUUUAUUCAACUUCAUCAAUCACUUUAUCUUUUUUCUAACUCCUGGAGACCUAUUUUACUGCUUUAUUAGGUUGAAAUACUGCCAUUCUAGGUAGAGUUUUAUUAUCCCAGGACCUACCUCGGCUUUUAAUUUUUUUUUUUUUUUUUUUUUUUAAAGAAGGGGUUAAGAAAAUGCAAACCUGUUGUAAGUUAUGGGACAGAGAGCUAAGUGCUCUGUCACCCCAGGAGGUGCUGCGGUACUGGGGCUGCUGCUAUUUAAGCCAAGAACUGAGGUCCUGGGGAGGGAGCGCUGGACCCAGGCUUGGCUGCCUGACAUAAGCUAAACCUCCCAGACCCACUGCUGGCCACUGAGAUCUAUUUGGUGGGAGGUGUGGCCCUGUUCUUCCACACUCCAGUUCCCUGUGACAUUGGCUAGUAUAGGAGCCACAGUCAGGAAAGCACUUGAGGCAGCUUCCAUCAGGCCACCCCCUGGUCAGUGCUGGAAUGUUGCAGUGUAGGUUUCCCAGGGAAGGGGGAUAGGGAGGUGGGCUCCACAGGAUAGGGGAAGAACAUGUCCACUGAGUGUCUUCCUUAUUUUGCUGUGAUAUUGUUUAAUAGCUUUUAAUUUUUAAAAUAUGGUCAUAUUAUGAGUCAAGGAGUAUCAAAUCAGUGUUGGAUGGGCCACCCAAGGGUGGGGAGUGGGUGCUGGCAUGGACAUGACUGGAUAGGAUUUUCUCAGGAGGGAGCUUGUUGGAUUUUGAAGGUAAAACUUUCUCGGUUUAUCAUGUUUUAAUUUGAGGGACAGAGUGAUGAGUCAUCACCAGUUGUCCCCUUAUCUAACCCCAUAGAAGUGGGUAUUUCAAAAGAACACUUCAUCCAAGGAGCUGGGGCUGACUUCACUGAUGAGAGGCCUGUUUCAGCGCCUACUCAUCCCCACCCUCUGGUGCCAGCCUCCUUACCAUCACAGCUUCACUGAGGUGUAGAAAGGUUUUUCUUAGGAGACCGUCUCUCCCUCUUACCUCAACUUCCUAUUCUGGGGGUGGGAGAAUCAGUGAUACUGGAGAUGACUAGUUACUGUGUUAAUGGGUUUGAGUUGUAUUUGGCCAUAAAACAACCUUGUUGGGAAAAGUAUGGGGGAGUGAACUUCUUCCCACACACGCGUGGAGACAGAUCCCAACUGGUUAAUGAUCUUGUUUGUAAGAAAAAGAUUCUGUUGGUUGAGUGCCUAAAGAGAAAGGUGGGAUGGCCUUCAGAUUAUACCAGUUUAGCUAGCAUUGCUAACCAACUAUUGCAAGCUCUGAAAAUAAAAGAUCUUAAACCCAU